AUGCUGCAAAGGUACGUGGGCGAUCCGGACUCGGUGCCGCUGCCGCCGCUCGAGUACGACACGGUGUUCGCGCUGCACGCCAAGUUCUGCGCGCUGGUGCUGGACGCCGUCGACCUGGAGGCGUUCGACCGAGGCGCCGGCACUCCGCGCGCGCUGGUCAAGCGCGUCUCCGACGUCAUCUGGUUCUCGUUGGCGCGCAGCUACCACAAGGACAAGCCGCACAUCCAGAGCAUCUACAGCUUCCUCACUGGUAACCGCCUGGACUGCCUGGGCGUGGCCGUGGCCGUGGUGGCCGCCUGCCAGCUGCUCGGUCUGGACGACGUGCAGCUGGCGCUCUCCGAGGACCACGCCUGGGUCGUGUUCGGCCCGGACGGCUCCGAGACGGCAGAGGUCACAUGGCACGGUCAGGGUAACGAGGACAAGCGGGGCCAGCCGAUCAGCGCCUCCCUCCGGCCUCGCAGCUGGCUCUACUACCUGAACGGCAGCGCGGGUCGUCUGCACCGAGCACACAUGCAGGUGGCAGCCGUGGUGACGUCCAUCAGUCCCAGUAUCAGCGGCGCGGCUGACUCGAUGGAGCUCAGCCUGCUGCAGCAGCGCCUGCUCUGGCUGCUGUACGACCGCGGCGCCAGCCGCCUACCCAUGGCCAUAGGUAACCUGGCUGAGCUGGAGGAAGCAAGCCCGACGCCAGACCGACCGAAGCCGCUGGAGCUGCUGCACGAGGCCGUCACCGUGGCCAGGGAGCGCUACGGCAACCGGCACGUGUACCCGUACACCACGCUCGGCGACUACUACUACAAGGGCAAGCAGUACGAGAAGGCGCUGGAGACCUGGGCCAACGCCUCCGAGGCGCUCAAACAUUACGACUACUCGCGGGAUGAUGAAGAAGUUUACAAGGAGCUGAUGGAGAUCACCAUUGAUAAGAUCCCGCACAUCAUCAAGGAGGUGGGCUCGGGCAUCAGCGCCCACAGCCUGCUGCGCGAGCCGCACUGCUACCUGCACCUGCUGCGCUUCUACGAUGGCCUGUGCCAGUGGGAGCAGGGCAGCUCCACGCCCGUGCUGCACAUCGGCUGGGCCAAGCAGAUGGUCGGAUGCGUCUCCAAGUUUGACCCGGAGGUCCGCCGCCGGGUGGCCGUCGACGUCGCCGCCGCCGAGCCGCCGGCCAGCAACGGCUCCUCGAAGGAGGCGGAGCUGGAGCGGGAGCGCCGUGUCGCUGCAGCUGAACUGCGCAUGUCGCAGGUCCCUCCUCCAAGCUGA